CACCGAAUGCCCACAUUCCACCGAGAGGGACGUCACCGGACAACGGCCGGACACACUCGAAUCCGUUCGGAUUCGGAGUCGGAGUCGGUGGAAUUCUAGCGCCGAGAGGGAUAUCCCAAGACAUCUCUCUCAUUGAUUGUGUUCGAGCAGAUCGACAUCAGAUCUUGGUUCGUAGCGAUGAACGAGUAAUCAUGUCUCGUCACCCGGGCCGUGCGAGACAUGUAAGGAAAGAGGGUUUGAGAGGAGAAACGACGCACCGUAAGCCGCAUCGUGGGAGAUAUCACCAGUAUCGGGUCCUUCACUUCAGCCAGUAUGCAGUCUUGCACAAGACAUACGAGUCACGGGCUCUGGCAUUCGACGCCGAUGAAAUCUGCUUCGACUCCGAACAGGGCAACUGCGUCUCGAACGUUGUCCGCGGGGAGGCUGUCGCGAGCAAAGGCAACAGAUACCCUGCCGUAGUCGAAGAGGCUGGGAUCGUGAAUUUGACGCUCCACACACAACUCACGAACACCCUGACCGAAAAUCUCGCACGCAACAUCAUCGACAGGACCCACGGUGCCUUUGCGCGCAUCGACUCUGCGCCUGGAGGCAACGAAACCGCCAAAGGCGCCCUCAGAACAGCUCACCAGUACUUCCGGGAGCUGGGCCAGGCUCACUGCGUGAACUAAAUUAUGCCCAAGUGCCCUUACCACGGGCUGUCCCUCACUGAACGUCGCGUGGAACGCCCCGCGCGCAGCCCGUCAUGCGCCGUACAACGGCGCCCUCGACAGCAAGCACUUCCAGACGUGUCCCCUACCUGUGGCUGUCGCUACAAGCUCGAGGGAGAGUCGGAUAGUGCGUCAAACACCUGCGGGCUGAGCUCGAGUUCACGUUCAUCGUGCGUGGUCGAGACACCGUGAUUGCAUAAACCGUCAGUUGAUCCAGCUCUUACCGCGAUCAGCUUCAGCGGCCGUCCUGGAUGGGCUCGUGGUUGCCAGAGCCAGCUUUGGAGUCUUCAUCCCUCCGAAAGGGUACUUGGCUGUCUGAGAAAAGUACGGGGCACACCAGCUCCUCGUCGACCAGGUCAUUUACGGAAUGGGCCCGUGAGGAUACCCUUCAAGCUCCCAACCUCACGAUCGGCGCCACUGGUAGCGCGUUUCACACACCGAGCAUACCCGCCUGUCACGCAAUAUCGGCCGCUAUCCAGCGCGUCAUAAUCGGCAAGAAGUUGGCGGAGGACUGCACGAUGCCGGCCGAUUUGCUCGAUCGGUACCAGAGAGCGGACUGGGGGCCGACGAAGCACUGGCGAAGAACUACGUGGCCACACUUCAUGGUGCUGGCCUCUUCUGGCCUGCUGGGCUCCAAACUCGACUAGUACUCCCGAUAGUACGGGGUUGUCGAUUCGUGUUUGUGGCCGGGAAGCGGUGCUUUCAAGCUGGACUGGCGAUGGCGCGCAUGAUCCAUAGUGCACAUAUGGAGGAGAACCUAGGAGGACCACACCGUGUUUGCACGGAUGUUGGGCCGACACAGACCUACCUUUUUUUGGACGCUGCGGCGUCUUGCCGAUGAUGAUUAAACGAUGAUUUGUGAUAGCGCGGAGAGCUACCGUGCGUCACGUGAGCGCCAUGAGGAUCGACACGCAAGUCCGCGAGGGCUAUCAACAAGUUGGAGGGCCAACAGAAAUGAAUUGUACAUAUCAAUGCAUGAAAUUCAGUGGAUGUGGACUUCUGAGAUUUGUGUGGACUACUCAUAUAUACUGUAGGCAAGGAUUAUCUUGAAGACAGUAGAGCAAACAAGCUGACAGUAGUACUCGCUCAGUAAGC